AUGCAGCCUACGAACUACCCCGCUGAUAUGACACGCGCCGUCUACCACUCCGGCCCUUCGCCCACACCCGACACGACUUACCACUGCACCGCGGUACAGUGCGUCGCCGGCAAGACAUUCUUUAACUUGCAGGCCCUCGAUGGUAUUCUCGCCACUGUCGAACAUGCCUCUGGCUGCAUGCUCGUGAAGGGCGGGGUGUACCGUUGUACACGUCGGUCUGGCACAUACAUCACGCUCAAAGCCGAGCACGAUACCCCCAACGCGGCGCCGAUGACAUCUAAGCUCGACCAGGUUCUCGCGUUGUGCGCUGAGCUCGGGUAUAUUGAGGCCUACUCUGGCAACUAA